UUCUCAUUUUAAUCAAGGGAGAUAGAUCUAUAGAUGUAUCUGUUUACCAUUAAUUAACAGGUUAUUCUACAGACUAAAUAACAAACAAAUGUGAUGGUUUCUAUUUAUCAAAAAUUAAGUCAGCACACAAGUACCAGAUACAAUUAAUACAAAAAGUGAACACUAUCUCUUUAAAAGAAUGUCCAGUAAAAGCUGUCCCUCCCAUAUCUUGUAUCUCAUUUGUUAAUUCAGUCCACGGUAGAGGAAGAAUUGGUAUUGGGACCUGUCAUUCUCAACUAAUCUCUUCCUUCUUUCAAUGUCCAAUUCUACUGGCUUCUGUUUAUUAAAUACAAGUUGGAAAGCAGGUUCAUUUACCCAAGGAAGGACUGAUUAUGCAACCUUUGGACUCAGAGAGAGCUUUAAUUAAAGUCACCCACUGUGACAAAGACAUUUUUGGCUGCUUAGUUCCCGAGAACUGUCCAUUAUGUGGGCAAAGGUUGAUUUACGGAAGUCUGGAAGAAGCACCUGUCAGUAUUCCAAGCCCAUUUGUUAAUGGACACCGAGAAAGAUGUGCUUUUUUACUGAAGCCCACUAUAGGAACAUUUCUAAGAGAUUAUGAUGGAGAUUCUGACCUUCAUGUUGGAAUAACUAAUACCAAUGGUUUGGUGUAUAAUUACAAUGAAACUGGUAUUACCAUUGCCGAAUAUGGCUGGGAACAAUGUGUGAGCAUUCCACUAGUGCAGCCUGAUAUGUAUGGUCUCCUUAACCAAUGGGAUACCUAUCUAGGACAAUUUUCAGCAACAGAUAUUUGGCUUCCACACAGGUAUGAAGAAUGUUUCCAUAAUUGUUAUACAUUUGCACUAACAUUUAUUAAUUGUGUGUUGAGUGCCCAAAAGCAACAGCAAAUGAAUAAAAAUGAAUUUACAGAGAAAUUUGUAAUUCCCCGAACAAGAAAAGCUUCCAAAUAUAUCACCAUCUACAAGGAAAUAUGCAAGAAUGGUUUUUAUGUUGUUGACCAUCCUGCUCAAAAAGGCAGUACUUCUACCAAUGCCAUUUGACUUUAGACAAAAGCACUUACUGUAAGUAAAAUUAAAAUAUUCAAGUUAAGACAUAA